AAGCUAUCUAGUGAGUGAAGACCGUCAUUGAGUUACUUCUAAUGUCUGCAGCAAACUAGAGCGAGAUCACAUGACUGCUUUGGUGUCGUUUAUCGACAACCAUCUAUCUCGCGAUAAGAGGAGGUUUACACAAGACCCGCGUACGAUAAGGGGAGAGGAGGUCAAAGGAAAGGUUGGUGCCAAAAUGCCGAAGUUACCAGGGCCAACGUCUGCUGAACUUUUGACACCUAACGCGGCCUCCGAGGUUACCUGGCAGGCUUAUGGUAUCGCUAUCUAUGCCGAUCUCCAAUACUGAAGGUCACUAAGUGCAGAGAUGGAAAGAACACUGUGGAUAGGUGUUCUUACUGUACUGUGUGGGCUUGCCGCGUCACAACAUGACGGCCACGACCAUGAACAUGGACAAGACCCUUUCACCGCCGUUCUGCACCUACUGGGGGGAGACGAAAACCAGAACUUGACGUUGGACAUGUCUACUUCGCUCGUGAAGACGAUGUUGGACCGGGUGCGCUGCCUAAGACUGGAAGCCGACGAGGAUAGAAAUUUCACCUGUGCCGAGUGUCUGACGGCCGAUGGCUUGAUUGAGCUAUCUCUUGGCGGACCGACCGACAUCGUAGAUGAGGAAGGCUUCCACAAGAUGGCCGUGGUACUGACUGUCUUUCUCACGGACGUGUCUGCGCACGGCGUCUGUACAGAGGACCCGGGGGGCAAGGGUUAUCAGACGAUGGAGGACAAUCUAAUGCGGUACACACAAAGCAAGUUUACUCUGAGCAGCUACCAGCAGGUCCUGAAGGACAUCAACACCAACUACCGCGUGGAGAACUGGGGCAAGUGUUUCACUGCAGAGUCCGUGUUUGAGGAACUCCACAUCAACACCAGUGAAGCGAGCGGUGGGGCAUCUUACGCAGAGCUGAGGGAGAUAGCAGCAAUCACUGUGGCUAACGUGCUGGAGGGGCUGUGUAUAGGGGAGGCCGAGCUACCGGAGAAAAGCUUCUUCGUAGACAGUCUUUUCAAAAGUCUCAACGUAACCAAUGGUACCAUCACAGUUGAGGCUCUUGAGCACAUCCUGUCGGCGUUCGGUAUCGGUGGGGAGGCGCCGCCUGAGCCGCCGGUGGUGGACGAUGGGCACGACCAUGCCGGGCACGACCACAGACGGAGGCGCGAUCUGCCUCCGCUGACACGGGAGGACGAACACGAUCACAACCAUAGCCACGAACACACAGAGGACUUUCACCACACCUGCUUCAAUUCAGCCCAGUUAAUGAAGCUGUUCCUGGUGGAGGCGGAGAUGGGGGUUACCCGUGACCAGUUCAGCGCCAUGGCACCGGCCCUGCUCCAGCAGGUCUACAGCGGGGUCUGUGUGGGGGAAACACCGACCCCUAACACAACGGCAGCUCCUGUUGUCGGAGAGCUCACCAUGCUGGAAAAAUACGGCUACGGAACGCUGUCUGUCUUCCUCAUCAGCCUGUUGGCACUGAUCGGCCUGUUAGUGCUGCCCAUGGCUGGGUCCAGCGUCUACAAGUUCAUCGUGCAGCUCGGGGUUGGUUUGGGAGUCGGGGCGCUAUCGGGGGAUGCCCUCUUGCACCUGCUACCACAGGCUCUCGGACUGCACGGGGACCAUGCCGCUCAUGCAGACCACGACCACGGGGCAGAAGACAUAGCCUACAUGUGGAAGCUCCUGGUCGCCAUGGGCGGCAUCUAUUUCUUCUUCGUCUUUGAGCGAGUGAUGAGUUUCAUCAUGCCUGGUGGUCAUGGCCACUCCCAUGGACAUCACGAGGAGGAGCACGUGCAUGAGGACGUGCAGCUGAAAAAGAUGAGCAAACUUCCGCCGGAACCGAGCAUGGGUUCCAAGAGCCUCUCUAUCUCCAAGCAACAGUUGACUAACGGACAAAGCACAACAACACUGGACGUGUUCCCCGAGAUGUCAGGAGAGGCGGACACUCCAAACUGCUGCUCUGCAGGAUGCACCCCUACGGCGAUGAUGAUCGUCUUCAGCGACACGCUGCACAACCUGACGGACGGGCUGGCCCUGGGCAUCGCCUUCAGCGGGGACCUGGCUGUCGGCCUGUCCACUUCCAUCGCCGUCCUGGCACACGAGUUGCCACAUGAACUGGGUGACUUCGCCAUGCUGAUAAGGUGCGGCAUGAGCUACAAAGGCGCCCUGCUGUGGAACCUGUUCGCGGCCUGCUGGUGCUUUGUCGGGCUGUACAUCGGACUGGCGAUCGGAGCCAGUUUUGAAGUCAGGCAGUGGCUCUUCGCUCUCAUCGCCGGCAUGUUUCUCUACGUCUCUUUGGUUGACAUGCUGCCGGAACUGUUGCACCACAAGUCCAAGUCACCCAUAGCGACCUUCGUGGGGCAGAACAUCGGCUUCCUGCUGGGGGUGGCCGCCCUGGUAGCGCUCGCCAUGUACGAGGAACAGAUACAAUUGGCAAUCACUCUUGGAUAAGGUAACGUCACGUCCGGUUCAAGCGUAGGGUGUUUGUAUUUACGUGACUAUGACAUAAUGUUCGCCAUGCUGGACGGUUAAACAUGGAAGUUGCCAAGUAGACUUGAGCAAGGGGGUUAACCUCCUUGAUUUGAGAAAUACUCGAACACGAACAGACACAGGAAGCCCAAAACAAUACCUCUAUUUGUCAUGGAAGUAUAACUGUGAUACGCAAAUUUGUAAGUCGGAAUCUUCUAAGACCAGUAUGGCGGCUGUGAUGUCACGUGUAAACACACUGUUGGGAAAAAAGAAACAAUCUAAACCUUGCAAUUUAGAACAUCUUGCAUUUGUUCAUAUAGCUGUUGUUUGAAAGCUGAAGUAAUGGAGUCGAAAGCAUAAAUUGUGCGCAUAAACUUAAUUCUGUUACAGCUAUCAUGCUACAUACAUUGCAUACACGUUUCUUGUUCUUGUAGUGUUUCGUUUGCUGUGUUUUGUCAAUCUAUCAAUUUUGUUGUUGUGACUUCUGUGCUGCCAAAUGUAUCAGUGAUAACUUUGUACACUUGAUUUUAAAAUUUUACUCCGACAUAUCGAGCACGUGUUUCUUACAUCGAUGUCUAGAAUGGAGAAAACAAUGCUCCCAAAUGACAGGCCCAAAGGCCUACAUGGAAAAAGUG